AUCUACAGAAAGUAACCGGCCGCUGGGUUCGACAUCCUCAAGACAAGCGGGUCUCUCCACCAAAAUGUCAACGUCAACAAAGGCCGUUCAAACUUUCGGCAAAAAGAAGACCGCUACCGCCGUCGCACACGCGAAGGAAGGCCGUGGGCUCAUCCGUAUCAAUGGCUCACCAAUCAACCUCAUUCAACCUGAGACUAUGCGUAUGAAAGUUUACGAAGCCGUCCUCGUCGCAGGAGAAGACCACUUCGCCCCUAUGGAUAUUCGUGUUCGUGUCAAGGGUGGUGGGCAUACUUCCCAGGUCUAUGCUAUUAGACAAGCCAUCGCAAAGGCACUGGUUGCCUAUCAUGCCAAGAACUCAGAUGCAUACAGUGCAAUGGAGCUCAAAAAGAAGCUAGUGGCAUAUGACCGAACACUACUCAUCGCCGACCCCAGACGGAUGGAGCCCAAGAAGUUUGGAGGUGGAGGUGCUCGUGCUCGCAGACAGAAGAGUUACCGUUAAACGAUGCCGUCGUUCUUAUAUGCCUUGCACUCAUGCCCCCAUUUUAAUCGCUGUGUGCCCUUGGCACUAUAAUAAUGGCACAUAUCUUUUUGGCCCCUCAUGAAUAUUUGGUCGCAAAUAUGGCGGUGUAUGAAUGUUUAUAUAUUCAGGAUGAACGAUCCGUGUGGCC